UAGGACAUCACGCCGCGCCGACGCUGGCAGGGAGACGUUGGUGACGGAAAAGCGCCGAAGCAGCGACCGUGGGGCCUCGGCCGUUUCUCGGUUGUUUAGCGCCAGUCAGAGCCCGCGGGUGGGCCGGUGGGCCCCGCAGGCUCGCUCGGAGGCGGCGGCGGGCGAUCGUUUGGCGCGAGAGGGGGAAGCGAGAAGGAAAAAUGGCGAACGCGGCCGAGGUGAACGCGGUGCCUGUUGGGGAUGUGGUCGUGGUGAAGGCCGAGCCCGCGAGUCUGGAGGGGGAGAGCUCGGAGGAGAGCAAGACCCAAGUCAUCCUACAGCUGCAGCCGGUCCAACAUGGCAUGUGUGAAGAAGGAGCAGAAUCGAAUUGCAAUGCUUCAGUUGUGACCGUGGAGACUCACACUUUACAGAAACUAGCAGACGGGGAAGAUAUCUGCAAUGAGCUCAAUGAAGAAGUUGAAAUUGCCUAUCCCAUUACUUGUGGCGAAAGCAAAGCUAUUCUCUUGUGGAAGAAGUUUGUUUGCCCCGGUAUUAACGUGAAAUGUGUAAAGUUUAAUGAUCAGCUCAUAAGCCCAAAACAGUUUGUACACCUGGCAGGGAAAUCUACACUGAAAGACUGGAAGCGGGCGAUUCGAAUAGGAGGUAUAAUGUUGAGGAAGAUGAUGGAUUCUGCACAGUUGGACUUCUAUCAACAUGAUAAAGUUUGCACCAACACCUGCCGCAGUACAAAGUUUGACCUUCUAAUCAGCAGUGCCAGGGCGCCGGUUCCCAGCCAGCAGAGCAAUGUGAUACAGACCCCUACCUCCAUGGAUGGCAAUGGGGCACACAUCACUGUAUCUGAAGAGAACACGGAAGAGUGCAUCGAGUGGAGUCCAGCUCUGACCACAGUUGCUGUUACUACAGAGGAUUUAAACAGGAAAGAUGGCGAAGAGAUCUCUGAGGACACCCUGGCCUUCUGGAAAGGAAUAGCAGAUGUGGGUUUGCUUGGGGAAGUUGUCACUAACAUUCAGAAGGAGCUGAUGGAAAUGCUAGCAGGCGUUCAGCAGAGAAUGGGUCAGAGUACCCUGCAGAUCACAGAUGCUGCUGUUCUGAACAAUAUGGCACACACUUUUGGCCUCCUGGAGACUGUGAAGAAAGUUUUGGACAAAAGGAAGAGUCAGACUGAUCAAAGCCAAGAACAAAUUCAUAGUGACCUUGCAGAACUAGAACGUCAGCUGGAGGAGCAGAGGAGACGAGCCAAGGAGCAGAAACUGAAAAACCAAACUCUGCAAAACGUGGUGCUGAUGCCGAUCGCUACUCCCAAACCCAACAAGCGCCCCCGAUUGCAGAGACCCGCCUCAGCCACCAUCCUCACCCCGACCACCCCCGUCCAAACACCCCAGUUCACCGUCAUAUCACCUAUUGCCAUCACUCCAAUAGGAACAAACUUUUCUGUCGCCAAUGUCACAACCAUGCCUGUGGCCAUUGGCCAACAGUCCAGCCCCGUCACUGUCCACACACUGUCGGGCGGAUCCCAGCUCUUCACCAGGUAUGCUGGUGUGGUCACUGCGGCCAAGACGACGGCCUCUGACACUGUCACCAUUCAUCCCGCCUCCAGCCUCGCCCUGCUGAGCACAGCGGCCAUCCAAGACAGCAACACGAUCACAACCAUGGCUGGCAUGAACGUGGGCCCCGUGGAACUGGUCACUGUGGACUCGGGCCUGGUUUCUGUCGUUCAGAGCCACAGUGUUGACCAUUCAACGGCGGAAUCACAGACUGUGAUCGAAAUUCACCCUGGGCCAGAGAUGGACUCGGACCCAGAUGGUGCAGCGGAAGCAGAGUGUGACGACAAGGUGCCGGACACGGACAACGAGACUCAAAUACAAGCCAUCGAAGUUGUGACCCAGGAGGAACAGCAGAAUGAGAGAAAUGAUGAAAAUUAAUUAAAAACAAAUUUUGAGUUAUUGAAGUACUUGCUUGGCUGUAUCUGAAUGUACUGUUACCAAAACAUAGUUAUGUGUAAAAGGUAUGAAUUUCAACGCGAGGAUUUUUUUUAAAGGAAGGAAUGCAAUACUAUAAUGCAUUCUUUGCGCUGUGUUCCGCCUAUUCAGCUGGACCCUCAACCUUGGAUCAGAAUUUGCUCCAGUUUGCCUUGUUUUGCAAGCUGCUAACGACCAAGCGGUGUUUGGGUAGCAUGUUAGCAUCUUGACCUUAGCGAUCUCGCAUUGUCUGUCCCCCUCCCCUUCCUAGAAUAACUUGUAAAGAGGAUGCAAGCUCAGGUUCACUGAUGUAAAUUAAUAUAAAAUAAAUCCCCCACCCAAUAUUUCCAAUUGAUCGCUACAAAUCAGCCGCCACUGACAAUUACAACACCAGAUGGGUUGACUCAGUUUUACUUAAGUCCUAAUCUGAUGAUGACAUUCACUUUUGAUUCCAUACCCUGGAAGGGUUUGGGAUACUCUUGCUGCAUGAAACAAAGCAAAAGUUUUAAGAGUCAUUGAUAGUCGGUGACAGAACUGACUCAAGAAGUGUUCAGAGGCUAUGCUGCAUUGGGUACUUGGAGGAGGUUUUGGGAGGUAAUCACUACAAGUGUAACUGAUUAGGAAGAAACAACUGCAGCAGCUGUAAAUCUGAAGUGAAAACAUAAAACUGCUGGAAAUGCACAGCAGAUACGCCAGCAUCUGAAAAAUCAAAACACGAUUCCGCACCUUGUGGAAUCAGCUUUAAAAAAAAUCCACUUGUAAAACGUUAACUUGUCAUCUCUAUUCAGGUGCUGCCGAACCUUGCUGUGUGCUUGUAUUUUUACUCUUUUAAGUGUAACCCUCUUGCAUAUCCUUGCCAAAAUUUGAACGAGCCUCCUUUGUGUAAGGGCAGCUUCAAUGUGUCUCCUUUCCAAUGAUGUUUUCAGAAGUUUCUUAAUGUGAGCCUGUAUUGUUUUCAUUUGCUUCUUAUUAUGAAUCCACACUAUGUACAUUUUUUUUACUAAACCAACAAAAAAUGCAUAGCAUUCCUGUAUAACAAUUAAAUGCAUGUGACAGAAA